AUGGCUCCCAAGAACCGCAUCAUCAUCGACACCGACCCAGGGGUGGACGAUGUUCUUGCUCUAUUGCUCGCUCUCACUGCCAGGCCUGAAGAGCUGGAGGUUGCCAUGAUCUCGGUGACUUACGGAAAUGUGUCGUUGCAAAGAUGCCUGCGCAACGUUGUCGCACUGUUCCACGUGCUGGAGAAGGAGAACGCGUGGCGCAGAUCGUCAGGCAAGCCCGAAGGAUUUGCUGCAUUGAAGACGGCCAAGCCGAUUGUUGCGGUUGGCGCCGAGCACCCUCUGCAGGAGGAUAUCCUCAAGGCCGAUGACUUUCACGGCGCUGAUGGCUUGCACGGCGUUCAUGAGGCUCACCCGGAUCUCAGCCCCGCAGAUACUUGGAGGGCGGCUUUUGCUAGAGACGAAACCCCCGAGGCUGCAGGCGCUGCUGAACCCCUUGAAUUUUCUCCCUAUUUCACCCCCUCCAAGACACCAGCACACCAGGAGAUGCUUCGCAUCCUCAGGGAGAGUCCCGAAAACACCGUUACGAUCGUUGCUGUCGGUCCCCUGACUAACGUGGCCCUGGCGGCAGCUGAGGAUCCGCACACGUUCUUGCGCGUGAAGGAGCUGGUGGUCAUGGGCGGUGCCGUAAACGUGGAAGGCAACAUCACCCCCGUGGGCGAGUUCAACUGCUACGCUGACACAUUCGCCGCCGCGAGGGUCUACGCCUUGACCUCCCCGAACCCGUCUUCUACCAUGCCUCCCUUCAUCGAGGGCAAGUCCACCCUAGGCCCAUACCCGGAGAAGCUACCCAAGAGGCUCCUGCUCAGCCUCUUCCCGCUCGAUAUCACGACUCCACACCUACUCAACAAGAACUUCUUUGCGCAGACGAUCAAGCCUUUCAUCGACGCAGGCAGUCCCCUGGCUCGGUGGAUCGCGACGUUCAUGUUCGGCACGUUCAACAAGAUCGAUUCCAUGGUCGGCGACGGCAGCGAGCCCGGGCUGUCCCUCCACGACCCGCUGACUAUCUGGUAUAUGCUGACACGUGACGAUCCUGCUUGGAAGGCGGUGCCAAAGCCCGAGGAUAUACGGAUCGAGACAGUCGGGCAGUGGACCCUGGGGAUGCACGUCAUUGACCGCCGGACCAGGAGCAAGACCGAUGAGCAGGACAGCAUGGUCAAGAGCAACCCAGAAGACCCGUUGGAUGCUGUGGAGUUUGACGAUGUACCCAGCGACAAUGGUGGCUGGCUGAGCCAUAAGAAGGGAAACAGGAUCAACCGUAUUAUUGAGUCACCUGGGGAAGAUGCAUUCGCUCCGUACCUGAUGAAGCGUCUCUUUGGAUAG